GCCGAGAGAGCAAAGGGUGGUGUGGAGGGAGAGGUCGCGAGGAAAAAGAAGAAAUCCCCACUCGUAGCGCGUAGAUCGGCGGUAGGUUCGAAUCGUACUGUCUUGUCGAGACUCGCGUCUGCGUCUGGAUGUCUCCGUGUGUUAGUCGCCCCCGGAAUCGUCCCGGUCGGCAUCGUCGGUGCGCGUCGUCGGUGGCAGAGGUUGCCUCGUAGUGGGGAAUACUCGCUCGUCCCGCCACCAGCCGAGGGAAGGUUCGAAAGGCGUCGACGGUACGAGGUUACCGUCCAAUAGGAAGAAUUGCCACCCCGGUGGCUCCGCCAACCGGAUAGUCGGUUGCGCGCACAGAACGCCCAUCCUCCCCGUUCCUCGGGCUUCCACUGAUGUUUUUAUUUAUUACAUCUGUGACUGGGUAGGGAAAUACUCCCGACUCGACCGAGAGAGCGUUUGCCACUUUGAGAACGAGCGACGCGCGUCCCUGCGAGUUACCGCCGCAGCCGCAGCCGCCGCCGCUGCUGUCGCCGUCGUCGUCGUCGUCGUCGUCGUCGUCGUCGUCAUCGUCAUCGUCGUCGUCGUCGUCGUCAUCGUCAUCGUCGCCGUCGUCGUCGUUGUGUUCGUGUCAUUAUCGCCGUUCUCGCGGUUGCUAUCACGCGCGACAGUAUCUUCGUUGUUCUCGUUUGCGUUCGCGGUGUACAUCGCUGUCGUUCGCGUCGCGCGUCCCUCGUCUAUGCGUCAGUCCUAUCCUACCGAUCGUCCUCGACCUAACGACGACGGUUCCUUGUCCACGCGUUUUUCAAAGGCAAGAAAUAUCGUCGCGCGACAUCGCGUCAUCUAGUCGUCCACUCUCGUGUGAACCAGUUUCCUCAGUGAGAAGAAAAGCACCUACGCGUCGCGAAGGAAAACUCGUGGUUGGUGAAUCGUUGAACGAGGGGCAGCUUGGCUGCUCCUCGAGCGAAGCCGACCAGCAUCACGCGGAACACGGACCUGUCCGCAACGAGACCGAAGUCGACGUCGACGCCCGUAUCGAGUGACAACGGUCGAUUGUCAUGGACACGAUUGUUCCAGUGGUUGUGCACAGUGAAAUUGUUACCUACGUACACGGUCCAACGUACUCCGUGAGACGCGACAGUUUACCCGAGUGACAGUGACGCUUGUCAGGAGCUGAGAUACCCGUGAUCUCACGUGGCUGACCCUGGAUCGACGGCAGCUUCCUCGUCGGCUGGUGUUGGCAGCCGAACGAGUUAGAAUCAGUACGAAAAGAAGAAGAGAUCGGUCUAGCAUGCGUUGACUCGUGCCGGUAUCCCGAGUUCCUCGUAUCUCGUGGUGUCCACGUGGCGAGAACUGCGGCGAGGGGAGAGGGAGAGCGAAGAAACGACAUCUUCGAGGAACGGACGAGAAGGAGUUCCCAUUGAGAAAGCAAAAGAAUAAAUCCUAAGGAACGUGGUCAACAAGAGAAAGACACGUGUCCUUUAGAGAGUCGAUGGAUCACGGAGCGAUGGAUAGCGCUUCCGAUCACAGCAGCCGCGCCAGUCCCGUAACCGGCAGUCCCAAACAUCCACACAGCCCGUCGGCUCAACAAAGUCAGCAACAGCUUCACGGGUCGCAGCAUCAACCGCCACCGUCGCAUCAACAGCCUCAUCCGCGGGACCAGAUUCGCGAGCAACAAUCGCAACAGCAACAGCAUCGCGGCGUUCCCACGCCGGGAUCGCCAACCAGAGGUUCGCCACCUCAGGGACUUCCGUUGAGUCCGCCGCCUCUUUCCGCCGGAGGAGCACCCGGUGCACCGCCAGGCAUGGUGCCCCGUAUGCCAGGCCUACCGCCACCGGGAUUGGGUCUGUUGGGACAACUCGGCGGCAUGCUCAGCGGUCAUCAUGGCUCGCCGCUCGAGCUGAUGGCCGCCCAUCAUGCUGUUCUGCCUCCGAGAUCGUACAACAGCCCGCCGCCGAUUAGUACCAGUGAUCCCACAGCGAACGAGUGCAAACUGGUCGAUUACCGUGGCCAGAAGGUGGCCGCGUUCAUCAUCGCCGGGGACACAAUGCUCUGUCUGCCGCAGGCGUUCGAGCUCUUCCUCAAGCACCUCGUCGGUGGCUUGCACACCGUCUACACAAAGCUCAAGAGGCUCGAUAUAGUGCCGUUGGUGUGCAAUGUCGAACAAGUUAGGAUUCUGCGUGGACUCGGAGCCAUCCAGCCAGGCGUCAAUCGAUGCAAGCUGCUUAGCUGCAAGGACUUCGACAUACUCUACAGGGACUGCACCACGGCCAGCUCCAGGCCAGGAAGACCACCGAAGAGAGCUUCCGUCGGUCUGAGUCUCGCAGCCAGCCACCUGGCCGCCGCGACCGGUCACCACCCCCAGCAUUCUCUCAAGAAGCACCGAAUGGACAACGGCGAUUACUACGAGAACGGGCAUUUGGACGUGCCGAGGAUGGAAAAGUCACCGCUGCUGGCGAACGGCUACAAUCAUCCACCCACGCAUCUCAGUCACAUGCAAUUCAUGCAACUGGGUGGACAUCCAGGUGCAGGACACACCGCCAUUCUGUCGCCAGCUAGUCUGCCGCAUCACCUGCAGGCACAGGCUCAGGCGCGCGCCGAACAGGGCCUCAAAGUCAACCCGAACAUGUCGAACAUGGAGGCGCUCGCGAGGUCCGGAACGGUUUGGGAAAACUGCCGAGCUGCCUACGAAGAUAUUGUCAAACAUCUCGAAAGGCUCCGUGAGGAGAGAGGAGACGCCGAGAGAGCACUCGCGUUGGACCAAAAACCCAGGGAUCUGAGCUCGCACAAUGGUUCCUCGAAUGGUCACAGUCCCGUGCUGAACCUGUCGAAGACGGCGGGAAGCGGAAGCGUGGGCGAGCAUUCCGGAAGCGAGGCAGAGGCGUCGCACCGUUCGCAAGACGACGAGGAGGAGGACGACAAUCUGUCCGAGGACCUGGACGACGACAACGAGAAGGACGAAGAUCUGUCGGACGUGCCGGAGAACCUGCCGCUUCCCGCGCCGGGAUCCGAGAGUCCUCAGGCUCUGAAUUAUUCCCAGAUCGCCUCCGCGGCGGUGGCCGUUUCACAGGGAGGCCAGGAUCCCUCGGUCUCGAGUACGGAGACCCUGCUCAGGAAUAUCCAGGGCCUGCUCAAGGUCGCGGCCGACAACGCGAGGCAGCAGGAGAGGCAAAUCAACUACGAGAAAGCCGAACUGAAGAUGGACGUUCUUCGAGAAAGGGAGGUUAAAGACAGCCUUGAGCGACAACUCCAGGACGAGCAAAAGGUUCGAGUGAUGUACCAGAAGCGACUAAAGAAAGAACGAAGGGCAAGGAAACGCCUACAGGAACAACUGGAACUGGAGAUCAAGAGGCGCACGCAGCUCGAGGAGGCGUUGAAAGCAACGGGGGCUUCUUCCGAACAAGUCAGAGCGAUUACCGAAAACGUGACGGUGGAGGCUCGUACGAGUUCAGAGCCGCCGGAAGCUAGUCCGGUGCACUCGCAGUCACAGCAGCAACCUUCGCAGCAACAGUCAUCCCAGCAACCCCUUCAGCAACAGCAACAGGCCCAACAGUACAGGGAGGCCCAGGUACCGCGUCCCUCCCAACAACCCUCUACUCCCGAGAAACCGGCAUGGGGUUACGGCUUGGACCUGAUCGGCAGCCAAGCCUCCGCUUUCUGGCAAAACUACCAAGAGUCUCUGGUGCAGGAACUCGAGCUGGAGAGAAAAUCGCGGCAGCAUCAGGCGGCCGAGAGAGACCAAGUGAAGUCUCCUCUUCAAGAAUCCCGAACGGGUUACUACAAGAACUCCGUUCUGUUCACGAGCGCGACCUAGAAGAGGCUGGAGGAAGGCAGAAGAGGGGCGGAGCGUGUACCAGCGAGCAGCCAAAACGAGUGAUCGCGAUCGAUCGGGGGAAGGAGCAAGAGAAACGAGGGAAACGGCGUCGAAAGUGGCGCGUACCGAGCCAUCAGACUCGUGCACAGACUCUUCGUCGUAGUUUCGUGUGAUUCGCGCGGCUGAGGCGACUAAAUCGGCCGACCAUGCAAAGUGAUAUCGAUCGCGAACGGACGAGAUCACGUAGCUUCGAACACACGGAGAGGAGAGUGCGCGUCCAACUGCGCGAGUUUAACGCUCGUGCGAACCAAGCUUACUCGCUCGUCGAUCGAGCGUGGCACAGAUGACAAAGAACGUUAAACCCGAAACGUCGAUCGAACCCACGAUGAAUGCUCGUUGUCGGUCGCCCCCUCGGGACAGGGACUGCUUUCGGAUGUAACGACAGUCGCAAUCGACGACGAGCAAGGAUGGAAACACAUAUCAAUGAAACGACCGUAAUGGCUAUUCGUUUUCCAUCGUUUCUGGAACGCGAAUACGCAGCCAUUUUAAUCACGAAUCACGCGGUGGUUUCCGGCGAGAAACGACACGCGAAUGUAUACCACGUCCAAGGAUAUACCGAUUUACCCAGGGACAGUCGAAACCGCGCGUGACUUUCGUAUUUCGCGGAGAACACGGCCGAAAGUAAGCGAAAUGAUAAUGAGACAAGCACGAACUUGAAAGGGAAUUUAUCGGGAGAAAAAUAAAGAGACGGAAGAUAUUUCUAAAGACUGCUUGAGAGUGCGUGCGCGCGUGCAUGCGUUCCUAGAGGUACCUAUCUCCUAAUUACAGAUCGACUUCAAUUAGUUAAUCGUGUUAAGCUGUACGAACGAUCGGGCGCACCGCCUCGGUUUCGAGUAUUAUUAUCAUUAUUAUUAAUAUUAUUUCCCCGACGACGGUGUACCAUGAAAAGCCCGAUCGUUGACGGGCGUGAGAAGAAAAAGAAAAGCGCGCGCGUCUCGAGAUUCGCCGGCUCGUCGCUUAGCCAUCGAUCGGAAAUUCUUGUACGGCCAACUGCAUUUCCGAUCUUCUUUCGUACAGCAUAAUAUCGUGCAACAAAGCACAGUUCGCGCGUGGUACCGUAAUACCGGACACAACAUCCGAGAAGCUUCGCGACGAGUCGCAACUCGAUUAUUCUGUAUCAUAUAGAGCGUGAGAAGCUGUGCGAAUGUGAGUGUGAUAUCGAUAGACAGUUAAGUGGACGGAGACUGUGAGAGAACGUGAUACACAGAUCGACGAGAAUUUAAAAUGGUGACGAGAACGAAGCUGAAUUAGCGCUAGAACGAUAGAAUACGCUUCGAUCGAGAUUAGCAGAGUGAGGAGAGUACUAAGUGCGCGUGCGAGAGAGAGAGAGAGAAAGCGGAAUAAAAAGAAAGGGGAGAAACAACGGAUAAAUUCUCCCAUGCGUUUUAAAUCGUAACACCUUAUUUAUAUAAAUAAACUUAGUUACUACCGUCGACAAGUAAGGCUAAUGCAUAUUGCGUGUCUCCUGCGUUUGCGUUGAUCGGCCGCAGCUCGGCGAAAUAUUUCCGGUGAAACACGUUGGACGCGACCAAGAGGGAGAAGAGGGCGCCCGAGCCGAACCGCGACGAAUAUUUCCCCGAGGCCGAUCCCCGUAUUUAAGAUCCAUGUACAAAGUCUUUUGCCCGUAAGGUUCUUGUGUUGUAAAGUUCACAUAAUCAUAGUGUCUAGAUCGUACGUACCGGCUAAAGCCCGUUAAGACGAUGCUACACGUAGUUAAAGGAGAAUUUAACCACCGAUAGCUCAUCUGUAUUUGCCAUCGCCACUACCAAUCGAACGGGGUCAAUCUCGCGAUCGAGAAUCGCCGGCACGAGACAGAGAGCAGUCGGCUGACUCGACUCGAGUGCAAUCGCGAAUCCGGCGUACGAUUCGCGAGGACGAGCUCCGAUCGAUCGGUUCGCGACUAUGGAGAACGAAUCGAACUUGGAUUCCACUGACAGAGGCGAAUAAUCGAUUAUGGUGGAAAAAGGAAACGGGUACCGGCGAUUCUCGAUCGGCGAGUCGGGUAAAUUCGCGUUAACGCGAUUGAAGAAAAAAAAUUCCGCAGGAAACGGGGUGGGUAAACGGGGCGGGUUG